UCACGUGACCUAGAGCAGCAUCCGGAAGUGGUCCACCGCUGGUGAAGGAACAUGGCGGUGUAUCAACAGCUGCACGACCGCUACAAAUUCUUAAACAUGACAUUGAGGUCGAUUUCUCUGUAAUGCAGCAGUUCAGGGUAAUGGACAAGGAUAGAUUCGCUUCCGCUUCCAGCUCUUGGCUGGAGAUGAAUAACUUCAUUGGUGACCUUAUGGCUUUUAGUGCGUCUGGCUCUGGUCAGCUACUGAAAUGCACUAACAAUCAACCGCUCCGUACUGCCUGGGAAAGCGUGGGACCUGAAACACCAGCACCCAAAUCUUGUUAUCCUACUCCGAGCGACCUGCACAAUCAGAGCCAGAGGAAAAACAUGACAGGAAACAGUUCACACGCUGGACAGAGGAUUGAGGAGUCCUCAAAUUCUGAUGAGCUACAUGUACGGCCAUAUGCCUGCAGAUGCCCAGGCUGUCCUCUGUCCUCAGCUUCUACCACUCCGUCCACUAUGCAUCCACUCUGCCUGAAGGCCAGAGACAGUUCUUCCUCUCAGGCUCAAACAUCAAGAGAGUCCACAUCACAGUCCAAAGAGCCAAGCACAGUCUCGCUUGGCCUGGGCUCCUGUCUCAGCCUGGCUUUUUCUCUGGAAGAAAGAAACAGCGAGUCGACCAGCUUGUCCAACCUCGAACACCAGGACAAAGGCACAAACACACACAAUCCGACCCCUGCUUCAAACGCCAACCCCCAGAUCUGCCCACCAGCCCUCCAGGCCUUCCCCUGCUUCUGCUGCCAUCCAUGCCCUCAUCUCCUGCAUCCCCAGCAGGCAUCCGAGAGCCGCUUUGCCCACACUCACUCUCAUCACCAUUACCACCACCACCAUCACCACUGCCCGCUCACCGCUUGCCUGUUGUGCCAGCGUUCCUUUAAUUGUGCACAGCAGGACGGCCACACCCAGCGCCAGCACCCGUGCAUGCACUGCUCUGCAUUGUUCAUGCGGCCCUCGCAGCUGCUUCAGCACCAGCGUACCCAACACUCGUCCAAAGCUGGCGGCUUCCUGUGCCCAGAGUGCGGCCGUGUCUUCAACUCGCACAGUAACCUCCGUGUACACCUUAACGUGCAUACAGGAGCACGACCCUACAUUUGCGCUGACUGUGGCAAGAGCUUCAGCCAAUCAGGUGCACUCAAGAUCCAUCGGCGUGUCCACACAGGCGAGCGGCCAUACACGUGCACCUACUGUGGCCGGGGCUUCCCCCACCUGGCUGGUGUCAGGGCGCAUCAGCGCAUACACACCGGUGAGAAGCCGUACCAGUGUGCGCAGUGCGGCAAGGGCUUUACACAGUCAGGUGCCCUCAAGGUCCACAUGCGUGUCCACACAGGCGAGAGGCCCUUUAUUUGUAGCCUGUGCGGCAAGGGCUUCUCAAACCGCUCUGGUGUCCGCUUUCAUCAACGUACUGCGCAUGGAAUUAUCACUGAGCCCAAUUCUGUAGGACGGCCAAGUCUGGCCAGCGGUAGCUCAGAUGUCCAGCAGAAGCAGGCUGAUCAGGCAUCAUCUGCCCAGCCCAUGGAACACGGGCCUCUUCCGAGCAGAAAAAACUCUGCGCGAGACCAAGAGGAAGUGAGAAGAUCCCUUCCUUACGGCUGUGAGGACUGUGGUAUGCGUUUUCAGGAUGCUCUCUCCAGAAACAGGCAUCAGGCACUAGAGCACUAUUCCACCGAGGAUGAAGAUCAGAGUGAGAGACCGGAAACAGCACAAGGAGAAAAAAAGACAUUGGUCUAAUAACAUACAGUAUUUGAAUACCAUACUGUAAAAUAAGUUGGAAAAACAGAUUAGUGUCUAGGUCAAGAAAACCAGACUAGGUCAAUGUUAAAGCCCUUUGUCUAAUCAUUGGAGAGAAAAGAAAAAAAAACACUUUUGUGUGCUUCUGUAUGUGGCCUUAAAUAAAUAAAACUGGUUUUAGCACUUUCAACUAAAAUUUAUGACAAAUAUCAUACUGUUUUGGGUACAGUUUGUGAUGAGUUCAGAAUGUUCUCCAAUGUGUCCAUGUUUCCAGUCUCCAAAACUAAUCACAGUGUUCACUGGUCAUGUGCAGAAUGGCUUUAUUUGCCAUUACAGUGUUAUUUUUUAUAGUAGAUCCCAGAGCACAGGGUAGCAGGAAUAGUGCUAGAACGCUGGGUAUUGUGAAAGGUCAAAUGGAUGCGAUACAUGGAGGUGGGAAGAGACCACCGAAGAAUGAAGUAUAUGUCCGGGAAAAAGAGACUGGCAUGGGAAAAAUGUUCCCCAAGAAUGUUAACAUGGACUAGAGGCAGAGAAGGAAAUGUAGCUGGGACAUAAGGAAUGAGCGUGAGAAUUGGCCACCUAAUCUUUAUUGGCCAGUCUGCUAUGACUGGGACCGCAUGAGCAGGAACUGAAUCCAUGGCAGGACCUGGGAGAAUAGGGUAGAGGAGAUGGAACAAAUAAAAGCCAGUUACAGUGCCAGAUCUUUAUCCAGUGUUGGCUGUCACUCUGGAUGGAUUCAGGAUUCAGGACUGAUUAUUGAAGCGGUGAUGGCCCACCACACGGAGGUAGAGGAGGUUAAACAAGUACGGCAGGGCUGAUGGGAGAUGUGGUUGGGUCUGGGGAUGAAUACAAAACAGUAAUUCAAACUAAUCAUGUGACUGGGGAACACUGGUAACACAGAAUCAGCUAGCACUGCGGCAGUGACCAGCCAUACUGGGGACUAAGACUGCAUCCGAGGCUGGACAUGCUGGGACAGCAUGGCCACAGUGUGCAGAGGAAUACAUCAGGAAUACAAUCUAGAAAAACAGCAAUUUUUAACUGUAUUGUAUUGUACAUUUUAAGUACAUUUUUAAGAUCGAACUAUUUUGUGUAGUUUACUGCUUUAACGUGGAGCACUUAAGAUAUUAAGACUUUACAUGUGACUAUGCAUGUGCGUACCUUUUGUACAUUAAAAACCAACAUCCACUGAAUGACAUGACAGCAGUUUCAUACUAUUAUGGGACACACGUUUGUCUCUGAAGCAGAGUGAGACACAAGGACAAGCUAACUGUUGUGAUUGGUGUCAUGAGCUAUGUCUCAAAUUCAAACCAUGACCAUAUGUUUAAAAGUUUUGUACAAAAUUUUGAAUACCCAGUAGAUUGGUAUGCAAAACAGGCUAUUUCAGUAGGUUUUUAAGCUAUGAGUAUUUUUUUUAAAUCCAAAUUCUAACUGUAAUAAAGAAGUCAAUGUUAAAACUGAAAAACGUACUGUCUAGAGUAGUACAUACGGUAAUUACUUGAGACACAGCUCUAGUCUGUUCAGUCCACUGCGAAUAUCACAGAAUAUCUCACAAUACUGCCUAUGCUAUUGUUAUGUGUGGUAUACAUUAGUAUGUGUUCAUUUUUUUCUUCUUUUUGGUUGUGUACAAUUAAAGCACGAAAUGAAUUCAG